AUCACGCACUGUCAGCGCGGGCCAUUACUGCCCGGGUAACAGAAGAAGAUUAACUGCACCCGCUUGCACUCCGUCUGGUCUGCGUUCGUGCAAGUUGAAAAUGAAAAACGCGACGAAAGAGUCGUCCACAUCAGAUGUCCUUGGUGCGGCAACCGCCCCAUCCGUAAGCAGCGGAGUCCGCAAGAACCAAAGCAGCUCCACAAAGCCACGGUACGUCGCCACGUCUUCCAGUGUAGCGAGCCCGAAUGAGGUGCGCUCUAGCCAGAUGGUCGAACAACGCGUUCUUGAAGGAUCCGAGCACGAACAUCCCGUUUUAGCGAAUGAUCCGAGCCGGGUAACUGUCCCGCAAACGAUUUGCCACCUGACAGACUCGGAGCCGCUAAGAGCAGCAAAUAUAACGCCUCUCGAGAGCAACGCUAACGCUCCUACUACUGCAACGGCAAGCGGCAACUCAGCGAGAGAUGCCUUUUCUUCCAGGGCCUCGAACGACAAGAAUUUACGGCCGCGCUCCCAAGAGCGGCACGCCCCUUCUGAGGCGCCACCUUUUGCAAUUAAAAGCCGUGCUUCAUCAGAACCACUAUUAAAUGCCGAUAAGUCACGCCACGACCGUCCAUGUGGAAAGGCAAGCUCCGCGGGAUCUGUGCGCGUGAAACAGCCCAGUCCUGCCACGAGUGCUGCCAAUGCCUCCGUCGGCGAUCGGACGUGGACGCUAGCGUCUCAAGCGCGAACAUUCAUCAGAUCCCGAGAACCGUCGCCUGUGAGACGUUCUACGGCUGUUCUUGAAACGUCGAAGCGAAGCUGUUCCUUCUCGCUGGACACGGAGCGCAUCAUCGAGUUGCAGAACAUGACGAACGAGGCAGCCAUCCGCGAUAUGAUACGACGGAUCGAGCACUCCAUGACCCUCCCCGUGAGCCGCGUAGAAGCUGCGGAGUCCACAACUACAACCACCAUAACGUUGCCGGUCGAGCCUCCGAAGAACACGUCCACGUUCGAGGAGACGCUGUCCCAGGCCACGAAAGUCACUACCACCGACACAGGAACGCGUGUAACUAGUACCGACACUUCUCGCACCACGCGCAGAAAGAAAGAUAUGAAAGUUCGCGCACCUGCCAGUGGGCUCAGAGUGACUUCCGGCUUCACUAGCGAAAGCACACAGGCACGGUCGGAAACGUCGAACUCGAUGACAGGUCGUACAACUGGGCAUUCCACCAAUGCAACGACAUCAAGCAAAGCCGAAAGCAGCAGCUCCACGGGUGAAACGGAAACCGGCUGGCGUACUUUGUACCUCCUGUGUCAAAUCGUGCCCCUGGCUGCACUGGUUUUCCUCCUGCUGGCGAUAGUCAUCUUGCUUCCGCGCUUGAAUCGUACUCAGGGUUCGUUGGCGCGCUCGGGACUAGAGCUGCGUGACUGGUCCAGUGUGUGUGACAACCCGACCUGCGACAGAGCCCUCGCCUCGCUGAUGGAGCCCAUGGAUACGAACGUGUCCCCGUGCGAUGACCUUUACAGGCACAUGUGUGGUCGAUGGCGGGCUGUAAAUCCGAGGCGUCGCAGCUACGCCGCCGAGAACCAUCACAACUUCCUCGUGACCAUUCACCGCAGAUUGUCAGGCUUGUCACUCGACUCUGGCAGGAGCGGUACUGACGUGCCGCCGGCUCGUGGUGGCUGCGACUUGCGCACUAGAAUGAUAGCCGUCUUCUACGCGAGCUGCCUUCGCUUCGGGCGUCGACCAUCUAUGCCGUCUCUACAGGCUGCGCUCUCUGGGAUUGGUAUUGACGCUGCAGCGUGGCUGAGUUCAAGAAAUUCCCAGGAGUUGUUGGCUCGUGUCGUAGCUGCUUGCCUUCGCAGUGGCGUGGCUUCCGUGAUAAGAGUCCGAAGGAGCCCAGAUGGGCACAGUAUAUUUAUUGAAGUCGGCGAGACCCUCAAACACAGCCUGGCCAACGGCGAGGACGAGGAUGGCGAUGACGUCGCAACCGGGCGCCCUCGAUGGUUCGUGGAAAAGGCACUUCAGGAACUUCAGCUGGACGUGCAUUGGUCUAAGGUGGCCGAACUGGACGGCUUCGUCGACAGCACCCGAAGAAAGCUCGGUGGCGGGCUUCUUUCGGAGCCAUUUAGAAACGUCCAAGACCAGCAGCUGCCUCGUAAGCUGGCCGAACUGCACUGGCACACUUUCCUAGAACCAGACCUGCGAAACCAGACAUUCUUCGACUCGAGUGGCGGUCCAAGAAAUUUGUCAUUCUACGUGCGCGGCCUCAUCGAAGUGGGAGAAGUCAUACGCGCGUUGGGCGACUCGACGGAACCGGAUGUGGCCAACCUGUACACGCUCCUUGUGCCGGCGGCCCAACUGUUCGCCUACGUCCGACCAUGGCUGGUUCCCAGGAAGAACCGCGAAGACAGAGUCAUCCCUGCCUGCCUUCGUGCAACGGAGCGCUGCUUUGCUUCGGAAUUCUCCUCGCUGGUAGCAGCCUGGACUGAGUCUGCGCGGGCCCGGAUGUACUUCGGCGACAUGGUGUCAGCGCUCAGGAGCGCCCUCACGAUUUCGGUUCCUGACCAAGACAACCUGGCAGUAAACGGCACCCAUGCGCAUGUUCCCUUCAAAGUCGACACCAUCCCCGAGCGACGCAAAAGCGAGUUUGCAUGCCGCAAGGAAAGCCUGUCUCCGCCGUUCCUCUCCACCGACGACUUUGUUGGCAACGUUGUCCUUAUGUUCAAAGAGGACAGGUUCAUCAACGCUGAGCCUCCCCGUGCAGUCGUGGCAGAGGUGACGAAAGACGGAACGUUCCAACUUCACAGUAGCCUCGGCUUCUCUUUAUGGGCAAGCGAACACACGGUAUUCGUACCUCCGCUGUACCUAUCCGGAGACCUGCUGCACGCCGAAGCCUCGGAGCCCAGCCUAAACGUGCCUACGGUCGGUGUGCCCGUCCUGAUUUCGUGGGCGCGCUCGGUAAUAGCGCGUAGGGACCACUGGUCGGCGACGGCUGCAUCGUACGGUAACUGCGUGCGAAAGAACCACCCUCUGGAUCACGCAUUGAGCGACAGGGCCUCCGACGAGGUGUUGCUAACGAACGCGCUGCUGGCGCCUUGGGCCGUCAGGGUUGCGUUGAAUGCAACAGCCGUGAUGGCUAGGAAAGUGCGCGGAGCUUCCGGUCAUCGCGAAGCGAGUUCGUUGUCGUCGAAUUCAACGGUCGUGCCCAGAGACUCGAACGACAAGGCGAGGACGCAGGUCUUUUUCGGGAGACUAUGCCUGAUGAAGUGCGGUGACCCGAUAGGUGCGUCGGCUUGCAGUUACGCGACCGUGCAUUCUCCAGAAUUCGCGGAGGCCUUCGGCUGCCCGAAGCACCGGGAACCAUCCGAACAUCAUCCCUGCACCGACAUUCUGAGCAGCCUAGCUGCUACACUGGCAUCAAUUUCCAGCAUUCCCAGCAAUGACUCUCUAACUUAGAGAAUCUGAGUGAAGGGGAACGCUUUUGAAUAUUUUGAGUCCCGUGUGCUGUUAUUCAUUUAACAUUAGGUGUGUAGUUCCAGCUCAAGAUACCUCUGUUACUUAAAUCGGUAUUGUGCCUCAUAUAGGGGAUCGCAUGGUAAAGUUCCCUUUUGCGUGAUUUUUUUACACAGAAAAGUCGAGUUGCCUCCAAGAACAUUGAUAGUGAAAUUUUGUUGUUAACGACAAUUUUCUAUGGAAAUCAACUAUAGGCUGCUGCUUUAUGAUUUUCAAAGAACGUUUCCCCGUUCGUAAUUCUUGUUGCGCAUUUAGCUCAUGAUUAUACUGACAGAGGUGCACGAGCCUUCGCAGAUGGUAUUCCAAAAUGCGAAGCCAUAUCGCCGACUUUGGCACUGCUGCAACAAAUCUAUUUCUUUCAUCUUUGCCUAAUCCUCAAACGCUCGUCUGUCUUAUUUUGGAAUAAAUCGCGCACUUAUGAGUCCCACAGAA